AUGUUGACACAACCCGGUGUCAAGGUGGGUGUGCUUGAGAAUAUCCUCGCUGUGCGAGGUGUAAGCCCCGCGACCUGCGGGGAGGAGGACCCCGCCGACGGGAGCCGCAUCCCGGCCUGGGCUCGCGGUGCCCAGGACUUGCUCGCUGCACCCCAGCGCCUGCCUGGGAGCCAAUUCGUCUGCCCGCUGCUCGCGCCAGACCUGGCCUUCGCUCCCGUGCCUCCGACCCACCACUCUGACCGCCCCGGACCUGGGGGAUCCUGUCUCCCUGCCCAGAAGUCCCGGGGACACAAGGUUGCCAGCGCCCGCCACCCACUCAGCACCAACGAAGCCGCAGGCCUGUAUUCAUCCUCCAAGCCCUUCCCACCCAUCUCCUCUUCCCCACCACGGCUGCUCACCACCCGUUACUUAGGACCUGGGGGCGCAGGGGCGGGGCGGCAGGAGAACUGGACCGUGACAGCCGCGGGCAUGAUCCUGCCCAAGAUGCCGGACUUCAGCUCCCAGGCGCAGUCGAACCUCUUGGGGAAGUGCCGAAGACCUCGCACCGCCUUCACCAGCCAGCAGCUGUUGGAGCUGGAACACCAGUUCAAGCUCAACAAAUACCUGUCGAGGCCCAAGCGUUUUGAGGUGGCCACCUCGCUCAUGCUCACCGAGACCCAGGUGAAGAUUUGGUUCCAGAACCGCCGAAUGAAAUGGAAACGCAGCAAAAAGGCCAAAGAGCAGGCUGCGCAGGAGGCGGAGAAGCAGAAGGGCGGCGGCGGGGGCUCCGGCAAAGGCUGCGCUGAGGAGAAGGCGGAGGAGGAGCUGCUGGGGCCGCCGGUGUCUGGGGACAAGGCCAGCGGCCGUCGCCUGCGGGACUUGCGAGACAGUGACCCGGAUGAGGAGGACGAGGAUGAGGACGACCACUUCCCCUACAGCAACGGCGCCGGCACCCACGCCGCUUCGUCCGACUGCUCAUCUGAGGACGAUUCGCCGCCUCCAAGGCCGGGCGGGCCAGGGCACCAACCUCUGCCCCAGUAG